AUGGUACAAAUUAGCGAAAGCUUUUCCAAGUGCACGAACCUGCUCUGCCAAUUUUUCGUCAACAAAAUCCUGCCCUACCUCCUCAUCGCGUUAUUAAUUCUGAAGGUCGAACGCCACUAUUUCGCGCCAAGGAUGGAAUAUCCGUUUUUAAAAGUGGACAACACCUCACGCGUAGACCUCAGUUUUCGUUUUCGUCAGUCGCAACGACACGAGAAUUGCGGGCCGAAUACGACGCUUUUUAUAGGAGUCAUUUCCCGGCCUACCGAAUUUGACCUACGGGAGAGCGUGCGGAAUAGCUGGGCAAAGAAGGAGAAUUUUGAUGCCAAUUUCACGAGAGUAGAAUUUUUUGUCGGGAAGCCGAAAGACUGGGAAAUCGAGCGUCUCCACGCCGAGAUGUGGCAGCACGGCGAUAUAUCAAUUAUCGACAUGGAGGAGGACUACUACGCGUUGCCACAAAAGACGCUUGGGCUGUUGAUGUACAAAGAGCAGCAAUGCCCCCGAGCGCGUUGCCUUAUAAAAUCCGAUAGUGAUAACGUGCUGAACGUGCCAGCUUACGAGCGAUUAUGCAAUGGAACGGCCCCCGAAGCAAAGCGUAUCUACGGCGCCUGCUCGGUGAAGACGAAAGUUCAACGACAUGGGAAAUGGAGUAUUCCCAGAUGGUUGUUACCACAGAAGACGUUUCCACAGUACUGCUCCACCGGCAUCUACAUGUUUGCCGGUAACUCGACGGUCAACGACAUUUUGGAGAGGGUCGGCAUCUCAAAAUACUCAAGAUCGGCCAACUACCGUAAACUGCCCGAGGACGUGCUGUUUAGCGGAAUAUUUCCGGAGCAGCUGGGAAUCUCCAGGAUAACAAUCCCCGGCGUGUCGUUCAAUUCCACCGUCCUCACCGGAUGCGAGAAUGGGACUACGCUGGUGUACAGCUUACACAUGACGUCGAGCAAGGAUCCCGCGGAACAUCUGACAUGGAUAAGGAACACGGCAGCCGCCAAAUGCUUCGAUUUGAACCUCGCCAAAAAAGAAGCAGAAUUC